AUUGACAACUGCAAAGUCUUCCGUUGAUGAUUUAAAGUAUGUAAUUUCAGAAAGUCUUGGUUUUAUUCAAAUUAUUCUCAGUCGUCGACUUAUUCAGCGAAUGGGAGUAAAAUGUCGGACAGCCCAAGUUCUGUAAACAUUGAACUCGUUAUUUAAUCUGUUUUUAUCAUUAGCUAUCAGGAAAAUUAAACUGCAUUUCAAGCGAGUGAAUCAACUAGAAAUCAGCUCUCCUUUCAAACUCUUUCGGGAGCGGGGACGAAGCAUAUGCCGGUUGUGCCGGGUAAAAAACGUUGAUAGAAAUUACUUCUCAGUGUUCUGAAAAGACCUCAACAAGUUGAAGUUAUGACUAAGACAACUUGCGACAUUUUGCUGCAGAUUGCUCCAGCGAUCUCCGAUGUUGAAGACCUCCAAUCGACCUACAUCGUUAAUUGCGUCUUUAACAGUUUUCUGUCCUACACAGCUACCAUGCUGAACAUUGUCACAAUCUACGCGAUACGAAAAACAUCCUCGUUGCCAAAACCUUUGAAAACAUUACUCCUGAGCCUGGCUGUUUCUGAUCUUGGUGUUGGUCUGUUGAGCGAGCCAUUUUACAUCUGGCUCCUGGUGAGAUGGUCUCGGCUAAUCUUACCUUCCUGCACCGCGUUCAACGCAAUUUUCUUCCCUGUACGAUUAUUUGCUACAACGUCGUAUCUUACAGUUGUUGCCAUAAGUAUGGAACGAUUCCUGGCGAUUCAUCUUCAUCUCCGAUACCAGGAACUUGUAACUCACAAGCGUGUUGUUGCAGUUGUGAUCUCAAUAUGGAUUUUUAGUUUAUUCACUUCUUCAAUGCAUUUUUCUCAUCCCCGUAUUGUUUCUGCGAUUUGUCUUUUUAUCGGUGUGGCUUGUAUUCUUGCGACGACAUUUAUUUCUUGGAAGAUUUAUUUAGUUUUACGGCGUCACAAGGACCAAAUUCAAGCUUUACAACCACAAGAAGCACAACAAGCAGCCCAAAAUGGAAACGUGGUCAAUUUUGCCAGCCUUAAAAAGUCUGUUGUGGGUUUAUUUCACGUAUAUCUUGUGUUCUUGAUUUGUUACUUGCCUCGCUUUAUUAUUUUGGCUGCAAGGGUAAUCCAAGGUCCUCAUCUCACCGUCAUGAAGUCUUCAAUUUACUCGUGGACUUUGGUAUUUCUUAAUUCAUCUCUAAACCCUGUGAUUUACUGCUGGAAAAUGAGACACAUUCGACACGCUAUCAUGGACAUACUGCGAAACAUUGCACACCGGUACAGAACUUGCCAAGGAUAGUAUCGUUAUAAGCGGCCCUGAUGCUUGGUGAUUCUUGGUGAUUCUGUUCUUUUAGCGUUGACGGGUUUUAAUUAGUUUGCAUGUUUUAAAACGCUUGAAAAGUCUUCCAUGGGAUUACUAUAAACCUAAUACAGGAUAACGAAGAAACAACGAAAGACAUGCAACAUCAAAGUCAGAAAAAAUUGGUACUUUCUCUCGAAUUUGGCCCUAUUAACGUAUUGCCAUUACACCUUUACGUCGUUGUUCCCGGCCUUCAAAAAGACUAGUUCUCGAGAACUUCAGUCUGGCAGAGGUAAAGUCCGAUUUGUUUGUGGAUUGUUCUUAAAAAAGCAGUUCGAGCAGAUUAAAAAGCAGAUUGUCGGCUGCUGUGUGAUUACAGACAAAUUGAAAAGAUGCUUGAAGAAAUUCGAAUGCUUGAGUUCAUAAUGCAGGGAAAAACAAACAGAAAUGUAAACACAGACAAAUGCAUAAAUAUGCUAACUUAAUUUUAUGAUGAGACAGGCUUUGUUGAACACCUGGCUCGGCCGGAAUAAAUUUGGGUAAUACAACAAUUAAGAAUCA